AUGCCCUCCGAGAUUUUGUGCGGUAAUGGAAAGCAGUUCAUCGGCAGCAAGGGGACUAAAUUUCUCGAGGAUCACGAGAUCAAAAGGAUUCUAUCAACACCUUAUCAUCCCAGCGGGAACAGACAAGCUGAAUCGCCCAACAAAACUACCAUCCAAAAUCUUAAGAAGAGACUAACCUACGCCAUAGGGAAAUGGAAAGAAAUCCUACCCGAGGUUUUUUGGGCAUACCGCACAAUGUUGAAGUCUAGUACUGGAGCCACCCCAUUCUCAUUAGUUUAUGGCGCCGAAGCUCUAAUAUCGGUCGAGGUCGAAGAACCUAGCAAUAGGUUCCAAUAUGCAAUGGCAGAGUCAAAUAACAAGGCCAUGAACACGAGCCUAGAAUUGUUGGAUGAAAAACGUGAAGUCGCCCUCGUCCGAUUGGCUGCUCAGAAACAACAGAUCGAAAGGUUAUCGACAAGGAGCGCCACGAAGCCUUUAGGUCUGAAAGCACGCGUUGCACUCUUUUUUCCUUGA